AUGGCUCUCCACAAGAGUCUUUCGGAGGGCGUCUCCGACCUCGCACUCCUGGAUAUGCUAACAGCACCGGACCUGCCUUUGCCUGCUACGAAACAUGGGAUUCGAAGGAGGGAUUCUGACCUAGAUCCACUAUUGCUGGCGACCGCAGCCGCAUACGGACCGCACGUCACCCGGAACCAUUAUGCGCACGACUUCUUUCCUGCUGUGGGCGAUCCUCGAGCAGAAGGGGCUUACGACUGGACACAAUGGCGCGGGGAGACGAAGCAGGACCGGAAACCUCGUCUCAAGUAUGUGAGUAGGCAGGCUCCCCGGAGUCAAAGGCUGAAGGAUCAGGGGUUGUUGCCGGAGGAUGACAAGGAGAACGGAAAGGCGAGAGCACCUUCAGAUCCUUUGCGUCGUGCAGACAACCUCCCUCCGCCGGCUUUGCACAAACGUUCUGCCCCUGCUACAGUUUCUGAGACACUGUCGUCUACCUCUUCACAAUCAGGCACAGUUGCUUUGAACGAUACUCCCUCAGCCUUGACCGCACCGGAUCUAGAUGUUAAAUGCAUGGCUCGCACAAGGGUGCCAACCCCGCAUGGUCCAAUCUUUCUCCACAUUUACCAUAACAACCACGACAACAAAGAGCAUCUCGCCAUUGUAGUUGAUCCCGCUCAGUUCAGCGAUGACAAUUCACGGCAAAUCCCUCCUAUUCGCAGUCGAUCACUGGAUGCUGUUUGGUCUGAAAGCGAGACCGAAAUGGACCGUAUAACGCGAGGAGCCUACGUUGGACGACUUUCUUCUAUAUCGCAGACUCCAUCGACGCCGUCCGAACAUUCCACUAUCACCCCAGAGCACAUUCCUUCACCUCUCGUCCGUAUUCACUCAGAGUGCUUUACGGGGGAAACCAUUGGAAGUAUGCGGUGUGAUUGUGGUGAACAGCUGGACGAGGCCAUCCGACAGAUCGCACAGCCUAUCAUCCUACCUUCGCCGUCUUUGUCCGAUCAAUGCGCUACCAUCCCUGGACGUGGGGCGGUCGUAUAUCUCCGCCAGGAGGGGCGAGGGAUUGGCCUUCUUUCUAAAAUCCGCGCCUACAACCUGCAAGAUCUCGGGCAUGAUACCGUGACCGCUAACCUGAUGCUCGGACAUAAAGCGGACGAACGGGGAUAUGAGAUCGCAGCCGCCAUUUUGCGCGAUCUGGGGCUUGGUACGGAGGUUGGCGAAGGCGUGCGGCUAUUGACGAACAACCCCGACAAGGUGCAGGCGCUGGAACGAGAGGGUAUCCGAAUUGUUGAACGUGUUCCGAUGAUCCCACGGACCUGGCAGCGGAGGCAGGGCGUUGAAGUGCACGAUACCCAUGAAGGUGGCAUCAAGAGCGGGGCGCCGCAUGGCUUGACCAUGAUUGGUGGCGGCGAGGUGUACGGAGAGGAUUUGGAUAAAUAUCUUCGGACGAAGGUUUUGAAAAUGGGGCAUCUUCUAUCUCUUUCAGAUGCGCCUCAUUCAUGA